UGUCUUGCGCCUGGAGUGGUGCAUUGUGGGAAACUCCUGAGCACUCCUCGGUAUCCGCAGCCACCGCCCGCUGUCAUCCCGUGAAUCGAAUGCGCAGCGAGAAGCUGGAGGCCCCAAAGAAGACGUAAGACCCAUAUAAUGCCCAGAGGUGAGCUGUCCUGAGACACUGUGGUCUAGCCACCUGCCAGUCACACAAGCCCCAAACCAGCUGCCAGCAAAAAUCGUCAUGGAGUCCCGAGGAAAGUCAGCCAGCAGCCCCAAGCCAGACACCAAGGUGCCUCAGGCCACAGCUGAGGCCAAGGCCACUCCAGCUGCUGAUGGGAAAGCUCCCUUGACCAAGCCCGUGAAGAAGGACGCCCAAGCAGAGAAGCAGGAGCAAGCAGCAGCCCCUGGGCCAGCCACUACCAAGAAGACGCCAGCCAAGGCAGAUCCCGUACUUCUCAACAAUCACAGCAACCUGAAGCCAGCGCCCACGGUGCCGGCAGCCCCCAGCAGUCCUGAUACAACCUCAGAGCCCAAGGGUCCUGGGGAUGGGGCAGAGGAGGACGAGUCCAACACUGGAGGCCGAGGUCCCUGGCCUUGUGAGAACUUGACCCCUUUGCUGGUGGCUGGGGGUGUGGCCGUGGCCACCAUAGCCCUAAUUCUUGGUGUAGCCUUCCUAGCCCGGAAAAAAUGAUACCUGGUGUCCAGGUCAGGGCACAGAGCGCCACUUUCUGUACAGACCUGAAUAUAUAGUGCAUGCAAGGUCCUAGAUAUUUAUCUAUACAUAUACAUAGAACAACACACACACACACACACACACACACACACACACACACGUAUGCUACAUACAUCCAUGCAGCAGGAAAGAAAUAGACAGUGAGCCCACCUCCACUGACCCCAGCACACGCUCUCCCACGUUCUGGGGCAGGAGCCCAGCUCUGCCGUUCGCAGGAAGCACUAGUGUGGGGCAAAGGGGAGGAUAGCCUGAACUAGACAACUAGGAACAGAUGCUGGGUACGGCCUCUGAAAGAUAAGUGGUGAAGUAGGCUGGCCCUGUGGGGCCAUUAAAGGGCAUGACUGUUUUGCUCUCCCCACUUGUCUUUUGAGGAGCCAGGAGCAGUCUGUCCGGGCCUGAUGCGCGGGGUGGGGGGGUGGACACUGACCUGAGGGUGGGAUUCAAAUCUGCAAGGCUACCUCUACCCACUGUCCCUGUCCUGGUUGGAUGGAAAAGCAAAGCUUGACAGCUCAAUUUUGGAUGGCGUUCCCACCUCUUCCUUUUUUUUCAGUGUAUGCCCCAGGAGAGUUCCUGAGGCUAGGACCACCUUACUUCCUGCUCAGAGCUGCCAAUUGUUCCAGGGAGGGGGUGGUGCUGAAAGCCCGGUAGGAAACAUGGAGGAGCCGAAUUACAGUUCUGCCUGCCCAAUAUUCCCCAAUCCUGUCCUUCCUGCCUGCACCCAAUGCCCCCUUGAGUUUAACAGCGUAUAAAUGCAAUAACACAGGUAGAGUAGAACUGCCCGGUGGGUGGCACUCACUCACUGCCUGCAGGAAGACCUGCUGUGCAGCCCCUCUUUAGUACAUCUGGCCCCAGCUUGCCCCUUGGUGUGGUGACAGUGGGCACCUUCCAGACAACUGCAGUGGGCUCUAAGGAAACAUUGCCCUCACCUGGCCAGUGGCGGCAGGGACCUUGGGCCUGAGUGGAGGCUGAGUUGGAAAUAAACUGUUACAAUAUAAA